AUGGCAGAACAAAAGCUCAAGAUUCCACUCGCCUACCGGGCGCUAUUCCUUUAUUUUGAACCCGCUGCAGCCUUGUUUGGCGCCUUGCUGCUUCAUUUUCGUCCAGAGAUCUUCCUCAAUACUAUGUCUCCGGUUGCGAAAUACGCGACAGAUAACCAGGUCAUCUACGACCAGCUCUUCGCAACAUAUACCUUAUUUGCGUUCAAUGAAGCUGUCAUUUUGCGCAUUACAAAGGAUCUACGCGUCUGGAAAGCCCUCCUGGUCGGUAUCCUCGUGUGCGAUGCUAUACAUCUGUAUGGGAGCUGGGCAGCACUUGGCGGCGCUGUAUUCUGGGAUAUCCGAUCCUGGAGACCCGAAGAUUGGGCGAAUCUUGGAAGUCUUUGGGGACAAGCAGCCGUCAGGGUGGCUUUCUUAGCGGGAGUCGGACUGAAAGAAGCAAUACCCGUGAAGAGUGAAUGA